GUCGCAGCUUCAACCCAUCUUUGUGUCGUUUGUCGCCAUUUUUCUGCCCUCUGUCGCUUUUUCAAGGCCAUUUCGCUUCAGUGUCGAAAUUUAGUCCAACAGGGCCUCAAGAAAAUGGCUAAAACAAGUGUAAUCAACGGAAACGCACGUAAGGGUGGGGCUACACAAAACACCACUGUAGUAUGGGCCUGAUGGGUUAAAAGUUUGAAAACAAAAAAAAAGGAGUGUAAAAAUAAGACGAUACCUUUAAUGUUUUGUAUGCGCCUAAUAAGCCUGCAUUGCCAGAAAAACUGCGUACGGACUAGUGGUUAAAGCCUUUUUCUCGCCACUUUCAUUUAGUCUCUAAAGUAAGAGAAAGUUAGCAAUACAAGUACGAAUCUACCGUAAACCACGCUAAGCACUCAGGGUGAGCUCUGUCGAAAUAAUUCUGAUGCGUGCGUUUUCAUGGUAAGUUAAACGAUAGAACUCAAUGAAGCUUAGAGUGCGAACUUCAAAUCGAGAGUCGAACUCGAACUCGAAUGCGGCGAAAAGGAUUAGGUAAUUAUUUGUGCGUUUUCAUAUUAAGGAUCGCUUCGAUAAAACUGAAAGGAAGAAAUCAAAAUCGGGGUGGAACUCGAACGGGGCGGACUCAAAAGGGGGGAAACCGGCAGAUUCCUUUACGUUCAUCCAGAGAUUAAUAAAGGAGGUAUACAGAGGAAACACAUUUCCUUUUAUUGGGUAGGUAGUGAAGGACAUAACGAGCAAACCAUCAGUUUUUUCAUAAAAUGGUGUGUCUUCUGGCUUAGCCACCUUCCUUAUUGUCGCACGCAAUCAAAGAAAACUGUAAUUUAUCAUCAAAAUGAUUUUCUACGAAAGAUCUCAACAGACGAUUGAAGGAAUCAUUCAGAAGAAAAAUUAUCUUCUUCUAAAUAGGUCAAUGCAUUUUAUUUACUAUUUUGCAGACAUCGACGAGUGUGAGACAGAAAAGCAUCACUGCGACUCCAAUGCUUUCUGUAACAACACUAAAGGCUCUUACAUUUGUACAUGCAAACCAGGAUAUAACGGAAACGGCGUUAACUGCACAGGUAAGAUAAGGAAACGAAAACCGUCGGCUGAAAGCAUAACCUGAAACCAUUUCUAUUUAACGAACGUUUUCGAGUUCCAUUAAGGUGUAUGUUACAUCUUUAGGGGUUCUUUAAAAUAGUAAAAAUAUGAAAGAAUCUGAUAGGCUGCUUGUGAAAGGCUCCCUUGUCAGAGUUUGGGGUGCAUUAAUGCGGCGGUGCCGUCAGCUGGUGCCGUUGAAACCAGCGAUAAGAAUAGUGCGAUUUCACAGUAUUUUCAAGUUUACUGCACAAUCAGUAAAUUAGUGGUGAGGAGAGAAGAAUACCAGAACAAUACUAUAGAUUCACUUUGUUUUAAAUCGCUGGUUAAAAAUUAAGUGGACCGCUAGAGCCUGUGUGUGUGGGGGGGGGGGGGGGGGGGNCUGCACCCGUCGCACCCCCCAUCCCUACGGGCCUGAUCUAGGGUCUUUUAAAACAGUUCAACAUGAAAGGGCUCGUUGUCAUCCUGGUAGCAGGCAAACUUGUGCGAGUUUGGGGUUAUUAUGGCUCGAACCGGCGAAGCCGAUGAAAAGAAUGGGGUAAUUCUCCAGGUCUAUACUUAACGUUUUAAGAAUAUUAGACUGUAAAACAGUCCGUAUUUUUGCGUAUUCAAGUACGCGCGAGCAGUCAAAAAUAAGGUCUGGAAAAAGGCUGAAAACAGAGAGCGAGACUAGGGAGAGACGCUAAAAAUACUCGCUUAACACGCCCGUAGGGCGUGUGAGGCUCGCCCGCUUCACGCGUGCAAGACUCUUACGCCACGCUUUACCGAUUUCCGAUUUUGAGAAAAAAAACGACUGUUUUGCAGUCUAUAAGAAUAUUUGUAUAUUCGACAAACAAUCAUUAGCCCGAUACGCAGUUUUCGUAACAGCUUUUCUGGGUGUUUAUUGGUCGGUUGCAGAAAUUAUUACUGAGGUUGGCUCUAGCCAUUUGAUGGGCUCCUGCUCUAGCCUGAGUAUCAGGCCUUAUUCUAUAGGGGUUGCCGGAGAGGAGAUUUAAUUUUUAAGCGAAUGAAUGGGAAUGAUAUCUGGGGAGGGGAAAGGGAGGGGAAAGGGAGGCAAAAGGAGAUAAAGAAUCAUUAAAAAAAAUAUGAUAAACCUAAAAUUGUCGGUUCCGCCACACUUGAAAUUCAUUAAGACAUGCUAAUUGCCACGUGAAUUUUUAAGUAAUUUAAAUCAUUCUUUAAUAGUUUCAGAAUUUAUGACUGACUCGCAGAUUUUGAAUAGCAGUAAUUACUAUUUUCAUCAUUUGGGCAAUUUUCUGGAGACUGCAGUUGGGAACAAUUCUCACUGGAUGUUGUGCUGGCGUGCUACAUUGCAUGGCUGGAAUGUCGGUCAGUUUCACAGUCGCUGCGAUGGAAAGAACGACACUGUUACCAUCAUAAGGAAAGGCAAAUUCAUCUUUGGCGGAUACACGGAUAUUCCUUGGGGUAAAAAAAAACUAAUUCCCUUAUUUUAUCCUCUUUUUUUACUUCAAUGUAACAGCUUUACAAUUCUGAUCUACUUGCACUGCUUAUUAGAAUUUAACUCCUUUUUUAUAAGGUUGAAACGUCACUCUUGGUUUGUCACCUUGUAAUGAUGGUCAAGUGUUUUUGUGUAAUGAACCUAGUUACCUUAGCUUUGCCAGCGUGGGUCUUAACGUCAAUAGGUCUGGUCGCCCUUAUUUUUAAUUCAAACUGAAGACAAGGAAACGAAUUUUUUUUCUUGAGCGAGCCAUGCUUAACUCAAGGUCUCGCUGAAUUCCACCCAUCCCCAGCAACUUUCGUUAAGGCUUCGAUCCAUCUGUGAUGACAAUAAGGUUUCCUUCAAGGGAUGUGAAGUUUCUUCCUUCCUUUGCGCGUGAGUUGUGAUAGGCCUGUGAAUUGAAUCUGACAAACAUUGGAUUGCACAGACUUGCAGAUCGUGCCAUUUCAAACGCAAAGAAGCUAAAUGUAGUGAUGCCGGUGAAAGCAUCAAAUUUUUGUUACGGCAGCUACCGACCCGUUACAGUGUGUGUCAAGGAUGUGUCCCGCCUAAGAGAAUAUGCACAGCGAAACCAUAUAUUUUUUAUACGGACAGUCAGUAAAGCCUGGCCAAGUGUCCUUGUCGUGGUGGGCCAACAGGAUUGUCCGUAAUAAAACGGAGUCCGCAUGUCCGUAUGUCUAGUAUCGAUCCAAUGGUUCUCAUUUACACGUAGAGCAGAAUCAGUUUAUUACUAUUCUGAGAAAUCUCCAGUUAUUAAGUUUGGUAACCUCAUAAGUUAUCUCACCACUAAGAAAUAAUUGCGUUAAAAGUGGAACGCUUGCUAAAAAAACCUGAAUCCUUCGGUUGACUCCCCGAUCAUUCAAUAGGGCUAUUGCCAGUUACCUUUACCUCAAUUGUAUUAAUAGAUAUUAGUUUAAAUAAGAAGGCAAAAGCAAAGUGAACUCUGGUGGCUAUUGAAAAAUGACGUCAUUUUUAAUCGUGAUGAUGGGCUAAUAUGGUCAGUAAUAAAAUUAAUUCAAACUUGAAAUUCAUUUUUUUUAUUGAAGCAAACCUGAAAGCAUAUAUGACAAUUUAUUAUUAUUGUUAUUAUUAUUAUUAUUAUUAUUAUUAUUUUAUUUAUUUUACGCUCUUUUGGUUUCUCAGAAUCCAGUGGUGGCUAUAUCGCUACUUCCGAAGCGUUUAUUUUUUCGCUGAACAAUAAUGAAGGCUUGGCACCGUUUGUGAGCAAGGUGAAGAAAGAAUACUCAGGAAAGGCAAUUUACAGUGGGUCAUAUUAUGGUCCACGUUUUGGCCUGGAUGUCUUCAUUAAAGAUAAUGCCGACAGUAACGACAAGUCAUUAGCACGUUUGGGCUAUCGCUACUCUGCUCCACCUGCAGUGCAGGACCGGGACACAGUCCUGGCCGGGACUGAGUACUUCUCACCUAAUGAGGUGGAGGUAUUCUAUCUUGACCCAUCCCGCUAA